GUCUUCGAAAUGGAGGUUGUGGUUGAUUGUUGGUAAGUUGCGUUUCAAAAGUAUUCCUAUUUUCCAUCAUGAAACUGAAACAUGAUAGAAGAUAGAUUUAGAUUGAAAACCAUAAUCAAAUGAACUUUCUAUUUCUACAGUUUCUUAUCGCUUUCUGAUGAACCCGCACUAGACGAGGCGAAUUUUUUCUUUCCAAUUCUUGUGGUUUACUCAUGUAUGAAUCUUCCACGUGCCCAUGAUAAUGUCUUUCGGACGUCAAUUCUUGAUCUUGUAAACUACAGACGGUCAUAAUUUUCUUUUUGUCUUUCUUCCUGUUCUUUUUAUUUCUGUUUGAGCUUUGAACUUGAAGAUUCUUUUUUGUCGUCCCCAAUACGGUUGACCUUCAUACUUGGAAAACUAUGGAGAAGGGUCCAGGUGCUGUGAAAGGUCCUGCGGCUGCAGGUAAAGGAUCCGGCGCAGGCGAAUCGACCAAGCCACAAGGAAGGUACGAACCGCCGCCAGCUGUUCCUGACAAGAAAGGAACUCCUGGGUUCACGGUAAUGCUUUUUAGAUGAAAUUAAGUCCAUUGAUUUUGAUCUUUCUGAAGAUGAAUUAUACAUGUCAUCUAUUCUCGUUCUCGUGGUCUAGUUGUACUGCAUCUUCAAGAUCUACUUCCGUGGUCUACUCACAAAAAAACUUCCAGAUCGGCGAUCAUGUGCGUACAGUUAAGUUGGAGAAGCUACCACAUUUCAACCACAAUAUGGCCGUGGUAAUGACGCCACUGGAUCCGGAAGGAAAACACAAGAUUCAGCUACGCCCUAAAGGCCAGAACCUCAAGAUGUUUCCUUCUCGCUUGGAAAAAGUGACAGAGGAACAGUAUUUGGCCGAAAACCCUAAUGGGGAUGCACCGAUACAGGGCGUUUUGCAAGACGCACUGAAACAAUACGGCACUUUCGUACCAGCUCCUGCAGCAGCUUCAACGAAUGCUUCCGCACCACCGGCUGAUGACGAUAAGGCAUCUCCACCUGAACCAGAUGAAACUGCACCACCGGAGCCAUCUGCGAUGGAUGAGGCUCCCACGAAAGAAACACCAGCAAAAGUGGAUACUGUCCUGGGGCCUCCAGCUCCUGUCGUGGUCGACGAGAUGCCUCCUCCUUCUCCUGCUGCUGUUACACAAGAGAGACAAGAAGCGGAGCAGUCGAUGUCGAGUCCACGACCAGCAAAUGAAACUAGAAAGACAUCCUUUUCGUUUGGCACUGGUCCAAAUGAUGAAGAUGCUCCUCCUGAAAAUGAAGUGGCAGCUCCUAGUCCUACAAAUGAUCCGUCUAAGCCAACAUCAACAAGAAACUCGGCCUCGGUAGCAGGAGGUGGUCUUCAGCGGGAUCUGGACUUGACCAGGAAAUCCUUUGGUUUCGGAGCAACAUCAAAAAAUGGAAAUGCGCCUGAUGCAGACGGAGACCCAUUUGCUUUUCAUCCUCCUGAUGUAAAAGAACGACCCGGAGAGCCAUCUCCUCCAACAACUGGAAGUGCAGCUGCAAUUCAGGGGAUCAGUGUUGGGUCUAGCAUUUCCGCUAUCGCUCCUCGAGGCGCAGAACAGACAGCAAGUGGGGCUGAACCUGUCAUCAAUAUUAAAGGUGCAGUUGCGGAGCGUUCCACUUCUUUAGAAACUUCACCUGGUCAACUACAACUACCAGUGCGAGACCGUGGCAGCAUCAUAACUACCGUGUCGAUCUCUACGGGUGCGCCGACCGAAGCUCCUUCGUCGCCAGCUGCCUUGUUAUCGAUGAGAUCGCUACAGGAUGUCUCUACACCAGCUGCAGCGGAUUCGCCCACGACCUCUACUGGAGGAGGUAGUACUAGAAAGUCGUCCGCCAAAGGCUCCUUUCGUUUUCAACGUUCCAUGACGUCAGCCCUCAAGGAGGAUCCUUUUGACUAUGGGGAUGUCCCCGCUGGGCCUCCUCCUUCGGCGGACUGCACUCUAGAUGAGCCCGAUUCUGGAGUUUUCGUUGUGGUCGACAGGUCGCCAGUGCGCAGUCCUACGGCCGCUGAAAAUCGACGGACAAGUUCAAUGCUACGCGAAUCACAAGAGCGCGAAACAACUUUCCCUGUAGCAGGUAGUCAGCGUCUUGAGUCGACAGCACAGCUAAAUGCGAAUAUUUUGGCAGCAGAGGAUGACAAGAACAGUGGUCUCAAAACCCAAUCUAAAGUGAUGAGCUCGCAAGCACAGAGACAGCUGACGGAAAGAGCUGCGGCAUCGAGUCCGUUGGGUUCACCACGUAGUAUGAUGAUGUCUACGUCAUCUGUAUUAACCGGCGGAGCAGGACCGGCAACGAACAAUAAUACUAAUGACUUUCGGCCCAAGUCACGGAGUAGAAGUUCCUUAGCGGUUCCGUCUGUGGUGCCAUCCCAUUUAAAAUCCCAGUGGCCACCAGGAGACCAGGCUACAAUGUUGUCCUCCUUAAAAGCAGUCGACGAAGAGGGUCGUGGAGAAAACAGUUCGUCUAACGGAGCAGGAAACAAUGAAUCCGGGAGCGACAUCUUCAAGCGCGCAUCGUCAAAGGAAAAAGAUUCAGUUCUGGUGAAAACGUUGUCCUUCACAAUUCCGGCAACUGCGGACGAUGACGGUACAACUAGAGGUACUCCUGGCAGCUUUGCAGGCAACAUGUUGAUGGACAAUGCCGCUAGUGUUAGAAGGAGUGGCACAACUACUACUGGUUACAUCCAGCAGGGACAACUAGCAGGUGGAGACGGAGAGCUGCCAGAGGAACACGAAAGGUACACGAGGCGACGAAGCAGUUACUUCACUGUCCUCCAUGAAGGUGCGAUCAAGGAACGAAAUAAGAAAUUUUCAGUUAUCGUCGAGCGCUUAGUACGGCAAUCGGAUGCACGCGUUGAGAAGUUUCUCCAUGACCUCGAGAAAGCGAAGCUCAAAGUCCAACGCCCUACGGAAAGGGGACGUGGGCUAGAAAGCGCAUUGGGUAGUCAAAGACUCAUCGCGACGGUGGUGCCCGGUGCCUGAGUGAGUUACUCGGAGGGAAAGUACUUAGAUGAAGAGUAGUUGAUUUCCAUGUUUUCGAGACGGACCCUUGUUCUGAUGAAGAAUUGUGAAUGAUAUUAGGAUUCAGGUGGAGACCACAUCAGAGAAAGAGUAAAUUUUGAAUAGAAAAUAGAUGAUCUUGAUCAACAUAAGUACCAAAUUUGAAUUUGUAAACGAAUAUAACCUGUUAAAAAUGAGUUCUUCCUACUUGAUGUAUAAGUAGUUUCGUAGAGAUGUUGGAUCAGUAGUUGUCAGCAGCCUCUUCAUACAUGACUUGUUAGUUGUGAGGAGUUGGAGGCACCAGAUCCAGAUGCAAAAUGAUCGGAACACCACAGUACUGUAUGGACAACAUUUGGGUAGUCCUCAUAUUCAUGACGCGCAAAACGAAAGGAUCGAGCUCGAAGACGCUAUGGAUAAUGCUAUUAAACCUAACAUUGAAUACUUUUUU